GUGCAUAUUAUACAACAGUUUUAAUUAUUUAUCCCCGCUAAAGGUGAAAAACAGCAAAACAACAACAACAAGUGUCAAAUCAAAUAAAUAGCAAUGCUGAGAUACUGUUUAGGACUCCAUUUGCGAAAUGUUUAUAAAACGUCUCAGAGAUGUUUAAGUGAUGUAACAGCCCAGCAGAUGACAGAAGGCGAACAGAAAAUCUUUCAAGUAUUAAAAAAGAAGUUCCCAAAGCACACAGAAAUUCAGGUGGCAGAUAUUUCAGGAGGCUGUGGUGCCAUGUUUGAGGUUUCCAUAGAAGCAGAAGAAUUCAGAGGUCUCAAAACUGUAAAGCAACACAUGCUUGUAAACCAGGCUUUAAAGGAAGAAAUUGCUCAAAUGCAUGGAAUGAGGAUCAACACAAAGGUGCCAAGCUAACAAGCAAUGAUGUGCAUAGUUUGCAGUAUAAACAUGAAAUAAACACUGGAACAAGCAAGCAGUACCAUCCUGAUGUCAACAAUCACAAAAGUAUUU